UUUGACUGGUCUAUAUUGAGAGACGACAAAGAUAAAAAGGUACAUAUUUAACCUGUACCCAACAUGGCGAAGCAUCAUCCAGAUCUUAUUUUUUGCCGAAAACAACCAGGUGUUGCUAUCGGGAGACUUUGUGAAAAAUGUGAUGGGAAGUGUGUGAUAUGUGACUCAUAUGUGCGUCCGUCUACGCUGGUGCGUAUUUGUGAUGAGUGUAACUAUGGUUCGUACCAGGGUCGCUGUGUUAUAUGUGGAGGACCGGGGGUGUCAGACGCUUACUACUGCAAGGAAUGCACAAUCAUGGAGAAAGAUAGAGAUGGGUGCCCAAAAAUUGUCAAUCUAGGCAGUGCAAAAACAGACUUGUUUUACGAGAGAAAGAAAUACGGAUUCAAGAAGAGAUGAAGACAUGAAAUCUCCAGGAUAUAUCACCAGUGGAAUUUCUUUUUUAAGAUUUCAGGCAGCAAUUGAUAGUGUUUGUUACUGUCAGCUUUUUUAAAGUGUACAUUACAAGGAAAAUGAUAUCAAACAUAUUAAAAUAGCUGUGUUCAUAAAUGUUUAUAGAACAGACAAGUACAGAUAAUUAUCAUGAGGCUGUUGUUUUUUUUUCAAGUAUAUUAUUUUAUCAAAAUAGUCAGCAUUGAUAUUGAAAGUGUCGACAUGCAGCAAUAGUGUCUAACAAACAGUGUUUGGUGUAUAACAGAGACGGAAAAAUGCCUUAAUCUUCAUGAAUUUUAAACAUUGAUUAAGCCAUAAAAAUGUUUUAAUUUCUAUUUUUUCAAAAACUGUUUUUGAUUUCCUUUAGAGUUUUAAAACUCUUAUACAGCUGAGCUAUGUUUAGAUUCUAUAGCAUUUUUGUGUCGCCUCUACGGAGUAGUGGCGACAUAUAGGGAUCACUUCUCCGUCGUCUGUCUGUCCGUCUGUCUGUCCGUCCGUCCGUCUGUCCGUCCGUCCGUCACAAAACUUGUCCAGACUACCCCUCAUAAACUACUGGUGCAAUUUCAUCCAAACUUUACAGGAAUGAUCAGUAUCAAGUCUAGUUGUGCAUAUUGUCAGCAUUUUCCGGUUCAAUGAUUUUUGUCAGAGUUAUGGCCCUUUAAUAAUUUUUAAUUUCAAAGUUUGUCCGGACUACUUCUCUUAUACCACUAAUGCAAUUUCAAUGAAACUUUACAGGAUUGAUCUGUAGCUCAAGUCCUUGCGCAUAUUGCAAGGGUUUUCCGGUUGAAUGAUUUUUGGCCGAGUUAUGGCCCUUUGAUAAAAAGGUGUUUUUUUCUGUGUGUUGCCAGAUACACUAUAGCUUGUCCGGACUACUCCUCAUAAACUACUGGUGCAAUUUCAUCCAAACUUUACAGGAAUGAUCAGUACCAAGUCUAGUUGUGCAUAUUGUCAGCAUUUUCCGGUAUAAUGAUUUUUGUCAGAGUUAUGGCCCUUUAAUAGUUUUUAUUUUAAUGUUUGUCCGGACUAGUUCUCUUAUACCACUUAUGCAAUUUCAAUGAAACUUUACAGGAUUGAUCUGUAGCUCAAGUCCUUGCGCAUAUUGCACGGGUUUUCCGGUUGAAUGAUUUUUGGCUGAGUUAUGGCCCUUUGAUAAAAAGGUGUUUUUUUCUGUGUGUUGCCAGAUACGCAAAAGCUUGUCCGGACUACUCCUCAUAAGCUACUGGUGCAAUUUUAUCCAAACUUUACAUGAUUGAUCAGUACCAAGUCUAGUUGUGCACUGUCCGUCUGUCUGUCCGUCUGUCACAAAAUUUGUCCCAACAUGAAAUUGGCCGUUAUGAGGCGACACAUGUGAUUACUGAUCGCUCUUGUUAUAAUAAAUAAAGUCAAAGUGGUUUUGUAUGGAAGUCAAAAUACCAAUUUGUUUACAUUUUGUUACCUUCAUCAGUUUAUGGCAAGUUAUUUCACUUCCAGCGCUUCUCUGUCCAGAUGAAAAACAUCUGAUACCAUUAUUACACAUGAGAAAUCCAUUAUUUCAACUCUAUAAAACACAUGUCUGUCUUAUAUUAAGGAGAAUAUAAACAUUUAUCUCUAAGGCAUAGUGUAGCGUUAUAAAAAUGGUUAUUUCAUUCAUGAAAUAGUUUUAGGAGAUUGGUUUUAUCAAAUUUUCAAUUGGCAAUACUAUAAAAUACAAAGAAAUAUGAUAUUUACACUAUUUAAAUGGCUGUAACAUAGCAUAAUGUAUUUCUGCUAACAAGGUUAAAGAGAAUGUUACAAGAAAUGUAUCAAAAUGGUAUCAUUUCCAUUUUAUGAUAAGAAAAUAUGCUUACAAUUUCCAACUCAUAAACAAUAUAUGAUUGUAUUAUUUUAAUAAUAUUGCUGCUAUUUUAAGAAUUACAUUAACAACAUGACAUUGAAGUUAAUUAGUGUGUCAAAACAAUGAUAAUUGUCUCCUAAUGUUCUAUGUACUACUGUUGUAGAUAUUUUAAAUGAUAUGUAAAUAAAUCAUCCUUUUAUAAAGA